AUGGUGCAGUCUGGUGCGUGUCGUGGGCGCACCCUAAGCUACGACGGCAAGGUCUUUAUCUGGAGAGAGCAGAACAACCAGUGGCAGAAGAUCUUCGACUUCGCCCUGCACAAAGCCUCUGUCAACAUAGUCUCGUGGUCACCACACGAAUCCGGCUGCUUGCUGGCUUGUGCCUCCUCGGACGGCAAUGCCAGCAUCCUUGAAUUCCGCGACAACAGCUUCGACCAUGUCACCUUCCCUGCUCACGGAUUGGGUGUUAAUUCUGUCUCGUGGGCCCCGGCAACGGCACCUGGAAGCAUUGUCAGCAGCUCUCCUGGCCCUGGAUCGGCAGGUGUAAGACGUUUCGUUACAGGUGGCUGUGAUAACUUGCUCAAGAUAUGGGUAUUUGAAUCGGCUUCACAGUCGUACAAGCAGGAACAGGAGCCGCUCGCCGGCCAUACAGACUGGGUUCGUGACGUUGCGUGGUCACCAACAGUUUUACAGAAAUCCUACAUCGCUUCUGCAUCCCAGGACAAGACGGUCCGCAUCUGGACCUCAGAUUCGUCGAGUACGGGACAGUGGAACUGCAAAGUUCUCAACUUUGAUGCUGCCGUCUGGAGAGUCAGCUGGUCGCUGAGCGGCAACGUUCUGGCAGUGAGCGGAGGUGACAACAAGGUGUCAUUGUGGAAGGAGAACCUCAGGGGCGAGUGGGAGUGUGUUAAGAGCAUUGAGGAGUGA